AUGACAACAUGGCUUACUGUUUCCCACCAGGCAAACCUCCCCAAUCUCCGACGGCUGUUCGUUGAGGCUCGCACCGAGGCUGAAGAAAACGAGCACUCCAGAACUGCGUUCUACAAUCUCGUCCUCUUCAUCUCCUCCGUCGCUGUGUUCAGUUUGGUGGCUCAACGCAUGGGCGGAACGAAGUCAGGAAAAUGA